GCCAUUCACCACUAAAUCGUCACGGCUUGAAAUUGGUCAACGACCUGAUAUAAGCAACCUACCUACCUACCUACCCACCUACCUACCUACCUUUCUUUCGCAUCUUACUUUGUCUAAGCAUUUCAUUCACACGAAGAAUAGGUUAUAUCUUCAUCCGGAAAAGGAAAAGGAAAUAGAAUCCGAGACAUUUCACAAUAUCUACGACUUUCCCAUCACCGUGGAAGCAACUUUUCUACUUUACGCAUUCGCUGCGGUCAAAUCCAUAAUCUUUGUAUCGGUCUGAAAUCAAAUACCCGAGCAGUUUCUAUCGAAGUCGCCAAAAUGAUGGCAGGAUGGUUUGCGUCCAACUCUGCUCUGGAUGAGCAGAUUGAAAAGGCUACCAACUCUUCCUUGUUAGUCCUGAAAUUCAUCGAGGGGUGUCACAAUCGUUAACAUUAAUCAGAGAGGAUAUCGCACUUAACCUCGAAAUCUCCGAUGUGAUCCGAUCCAAAACUGUACGCGCAAAUGAAGCUAUGCGAUCACUCAAAAGGCGCAUAGGCAACAAGAAUCCUAACUUUCAACUGAGUGCACUGAAUGUAUGAAUUAUUAGACUUCAUCUAGUAAUACCAAUUUACUGAUUGGGAUUCUAGCUUACGGAUACUUGCGUCAAAAACGGCGGUUCGCACUUUCUAGUUGAAAUCGCAUCCCGGGAGUUCAUGGAUAAUUUGGUCUCGCUUUUAAAGGCAUAUGGCGGAGCUGCAGUUAACGACGACGUCAAGAAUAAAAUAUUGGAGCUUAUUCAGAGCUGGGCUACAGCGACCGAAGGCCGCAGCGAACUGUCUUACAUUGGAGAGACCUAUAGAUCUUUACAAAGGGAUGGUUUUCGAUUUCCGCCCAAGACUGACGUCGCAAGCAGUAUGUUGGAUAGUAGUGCAGUGAGUAAAUAAUCACUUCCCCGUGAACUGUGCUGACCUGCUACAAGCCACCAGAGUGGAUAGAUUCGGAUGUUUGUAUGCGCUGCCGGACAGCAUUCAGCUUCACGAACCGGAAGCAUCAUUGCCGAAAUUGCGGCAAUGUCUUUGACCAACAAUGCUCAAGCAAAAAUCUACCCCUUCCUCACCUUGGGAUCCUACAGCCUGUUAGAGUAGAUGAUGGUUGCUACAUGAAACUUACCGACAGGUCUUCAAAAGGUCCUACAUUUACCAACGAACGACCGCCUGCGCAUACAUCCCAUAAACAUAAGUCACAUGCAUCUAUGCAACCCCGGGACGCGCGAGUGGAUGAUGGGUUCGAUGAAGACCUUAAACGAGCUUUGGCAAUGAGUCUCGAGGAGGUCAAUGGUCACUCAGGGGCUGGUUAUGUUUCACAGACGAAACUUCAACCUGUACCAGAAGCUCGGGAACAGCCAAGCAGAGGAGUUGUUGCAAAGGAUACAGGCAAGCCUGGAGAUGAAGAAGACGACGAUCUGAAAGCGGCGAUUGCAGCAUCACUUGCCGAUAUGGAAGAACAGAAGAAAAAGCAUACAGCUACUAUCAAAGAGCAGUCGUCUACUGCUGGCUCGAGUAGCUCUUUUGCAGGUUAUCUCGUUCCGCCAAAAAAUGAUUACGAACUUACCGCUGUCGAGGCAGAAAACAUCAAUCUGUUCUCCACCCUGGUAGAUAGACUACAGACCCAGCCACCAGGAACAAUUCUGCGAGAGCCGCAGAUCCAGGAGCUUUAUGAUAGCAUUGGUACUCUUCGCCCAAAGUUGGCACGUACCUAUGGUGAAACAAUGAGCAAACAUGGUAUGUAUUUUUUCAGCAUCUAGUCUACACUAACUAACAUGCUAUAGAUGCUUUACUAGAUUUACAUGCGAAGCUUUCCACAGUUGUACGGUAUUACGAUCGUAUGCUUGAGGAACGCUUGUCAAAUACGUAUAAUCAACACAGUGUUGGAGGCUAUAAUCUUCCGCAGCAAGGUGCUACGCCUAACAUGUAUCCUUCCAUUCCUUCUAAUGUACCCAGUGGAAGUGGGGGCGCGGAGAGUUUUUAUACGAGUAGUUCUCAACGAGAUCCUUAUGCUCAUCCCCAGUUGACAUAUUCUUAUCCCCCUGGUCAACAGCAACACCCUGCAUACAACAAAAGAGCAUCUGUCUCUGAUAUUAACUAUCCUACACUAGACCAGCGAACUGAGAAUUUCGCGCAGCAACAAGGCCACCAAAUCCAACGUCAACAUACUGGCAACUGGCAGAACAGUGAUCUUGCCCCUCAAUAUUCAACCAACUCCACCCCUUAUUCGCCACAGCAGCAACACCAGCCACCUGUCCAAGCUCAAGCCCCAACAGGUGUUCCUUCUCAACCUCCAAUUAAUUUUGUUCCACUGGAGCCGAUUAACAAUACUUCGGCUGACCCUAAUACAACGCCUUAUUAUGGUACUACUGUUUCCCAACAACCUCAACCAGCACCAGAUCAGUCAAACUCUCAGUAUACGGUCCAGUCACCUCCUCAUUAUCCACACGCACCGUCACCUCAACAGUUUACCCACCAACCAUCCAACCCACAAGAACCAUCGUAUCCUCCCUCUCAACAGCAACCCUCAUACUGGCAAACGCAGCAACAAGCUCCAACACCUCAACAAUCAUGGCCCACGCCUGCCUCAAAUUACAAUGGGUACUCUCAAGAAUCAUUCCCGUCUGCCCCACAACAUGUCCCUCAAGCAAAAGUAGUGGAAGAGAGUCUCAUAGAUCUUUGAACUAUAUUCUAAAGAGCGAGGCGUUUUGGUGCGAGUUACGUUUAUAGAUUUCUUGAAGAUAUCAGUGGGCGAAGCUCUGAUUUCCAGGCUGGAGUUAAAAGAUAUCACGAAAACAUGAAUUUACGGACACUAUUUUCCCUGGAGGGAAUUUUAUACUCUUAUUGAUAGUGUAAUGAAAAUUGACCUUAAUCUGUGAUAG